AUGAAUAUUUGAACAAUUUUUGCUAUCGGACAAAGGCUGGAGGAAGAGUGGAAAAUGUCAAAUACCCCGUGCGGUCUGGAAGUGUAAGCUGCGCACAUUAUGUGAGGACUCUUUUGGUUUCUUUCGGAGUUUUUAUAAGAUCUGGGGGGUUACUCUGUAAGGCGUUGCGCAAGUGAAAAUGCUCGUUAAUGAAAAAAAGCAACUCUGUAAGGCGACAAGCGAAUUCGAAAUUGCGUUUUGCGCAUUUAUUUUUACCCCUUCGCAAUGGCAGCACUCUGUAUUGCGUAAACGACUGUCAAAUCUGUGCGUUUAACGAGUUUUUGAUUCGAUAUCAAAAUAGCAAACGCAACGGACAAAAAAUGUAAGUAUAUAAAGCAUAUUUGUAGUUUUAAUUUAAAAAAAUAAUUUUUUAACAGGGAAAAUUCUAAAAAUAAACAAACAAACCCAACACAAUUCGAAAUAUUAAUAAAUUACAUGAAAACACAUUCGGAACUUUCCAAAGGACAGCUGAAAACUGUGGACGCGAAAAAUGCUGCAAAUAAUUUAUGGAAAGAGUUGGUAUGUGACCUUAAUGCUGCAGGGCCACCAUCACGCGAUGUCUUAAAAUGGAAAAAGGUUUGGUCGGAUUAUAAAACCCAUUUGAAAGCAAAAAUGCGGCGGAACAAACUAAGCAUCUCUGGAACUGGUUGUGGUCCUUCAAGUCAUUGCUCCUUAACACCGUUGGAGGAGCAGGUUAGUGAGCUUCUGGCAAUGGAAAUAUCCGUCAGUGGAAUAAGUGGCACUUUAGAAUUUGGUGCAGCACAGUUAACGCAACCAAGUGAGUCAGACAUCACAACCGACGAAUUCCGACAGAAUGAACCAACGUCAGUGGAUGAAAUGCCACAUUGUUCACGUCGAAGAGUCGCUCCGCAAAAGAAAGAUAGCCUUUUAAAUAAGCAGGUGGAUAACCAAAUCUCAUAUCACAAAGGUUCAUUAAAAGUGUUGUCUGAAAUUAAUGAAAACCUAAAGGUGAUUUCAAAAUGUAUGAGAAAAAAACAAAAAAUGAGUAAAAGGAAAUAUAAAUUGGCUGUUGAAAAAUUCGAACACAAAAAAAGGAUUGAUUUGGACAAAACAAAACUAAAAUUUGCAACAUUAGAACUAAAAAAGCAAAUGCUAGACAUUAAACGGUCCGACCAAUAAAAAUAUGGUAUUUUAGUUAUUGACAUUGAAAUCUGUUACUUAUUUUUUAAUACUUACUGAUAAUUAUUUAUUUAUUAUAUUAAUAGUUUAAAUGAAUUGUUUUGAUUUAAAAACUUUUUUUUACUUUUUAUUACAUAUAUAAUACUUACAUAUAUAGAUAUGUAUACACAUGU